AUGAGCUCUAUUGAUGAGAAGCCUCUUUCAUGGUUCAUCAGACUGAUUCAUGAUACUUGCAUUCAUUUGAAUAAAUCUAUGUUGCUCCUCUGCUUAUUCCACUUUAAUUCUACAAUGAGCUCUAUUGAUGAGAAGCCUCUUUCAUGGUUCAUCAGACUGAUUCAUGAUACUUGCAUUCAUUUGAAUAAAUCUAUGUUGCUCCUCUGCUUAUUCCACUCUAAUUCUACAAUGAGCUCUAUUGAUGAGAAGCCUCUUUCAUGGUUCAUCAGACUGAUUCAUGAUACUUGCAUUCAUUUGAAUAAAUCUAUGUUGCUCCUCUGCUUAUUCCACUUUAAUUCUACAAUGAGCUCUAUUGAUGAGAAGCCUCUUUCAUGGUUCAUCAGACUGAUUCAUGAUACUUGCAUUCAUUUGAAUAAAUCUAUGUUGCUCCUCUGCUUAUUCCACUUUAAUUCUACAAUGAGCUCUAUUGAUGAGAAGCCUCUUUCAUGGUUCAUCAGACUGAUUCAUGAUACUUGCAUUCAUUUGAAUAAAUCUAUGUUGCUCCUCUGCUUAUUCCACUCUAAUUCUACAAUGAGCUCUAUUGAUGAGAAGCCUCUUUCAUGGUUCAUCAGACUGAUUCAUGAUACUUGCAUUCAUUUGAAUAAAUCUAUGUUGCUCCUCUGCUUAUUCCACUCUAAUUCUACAAUGAGCUCUAUUGAUGAGAAGCCUUUUCAUGGUUCAUCAGACUGA